AUUCUGGCAUCAUAAAUUGAUUUAUACUAUUGCCUUCUUUAACUUAGUUAAGUAAUAUGAGACUAACUGAGGGUCGGGUGACCAAAUUGACAAACAGAACAACAGCCGAAUGGUCGGACUUGCAGAACACAGUACCAAAUGAUUUUUCGUUCAAUCCCAACAUUCUUUCAUUCUUUGUUUUUCUUUUACGUCGGUAUUGAUCUGAUCACGGUAAAUCUUUUACAUUAGCAAUCCACUUCUUUCAGUGUGCCGCCUCCUGCUGCUUUCGGCUUCGAACGUUUCCCAAAUCGCAACUCACCCACAGGUCUAUAAACUUUCCGUUACCAUAGAUCAAGCAGAUAAACCCACACCAGUGAAAUCGAUCUGUCCAUGCAGACGGUCUGUGCUGGGGGCGUCCAUAACAUUUUGUCUACCGCAACAGAAACUCGUCUUCCUUGUCUGCCGGCCCGUUGGCUUUGGAUACAAACGAGUUGAUGCCAAGCGCUGUGGCGCAUGCGUAAUGAGCGUUUCCAAAAAGGUUAUCGAUCGUUGAUCUGCGCCUUCAACGGCUGCAACAGCUGUAUCGUCAACCAUCACCACAUCAGCACCCGUGGAAUACCUCUGUGCAGAUAGAAAGAGCGGAGAAGUUUAGACGAAUCCAAAAUGGCAGACGUAAAGAUCCAUCGUCGUUACAGUGGCGAUCGUCACCAUGUCAAUAACCACUCUUUCGACGACAGUGCACACGACUGGAGCAGUGACGAAAACGAAGAAGUUAUUUACAGCGAAAAGGACGCACGUCUUCCUGACAUUGAGGAGCAUGACGCAAACGAUGUUGCCGGUUUAGAAGAAAUCGAUGGAGAUGACCCGAUGAAUGGCGACAAACACUAUGGAAAACACGCCAGACAACGGGGAGACCACCACAGGGAUGUUCGCUUCUUAACGGAAGGGGAAAUGCUAGAUCAGUCUGCGGCAGAACUGAAGGCAACCAUCGAUGAACUAGAGAAACGAUUUGAUUCCAUAGAAAAUGAAGGCAAUGAGUGGAAGACACGCUAUGAGACACAGCAGGAGAUGAACCAGCAACUGGAACGCCAGAUCAUACUUUUGCAAAACAAGGUGGAGGAAGCUCGCCACAAUCUCAAAGAAGCUAACAAGACUCCCAGAGACAACAGAAAUUUUGAUGACCUCUCAGAUGCCAGUCCCCAGAUGGUCAAAGCUCUUGAUAGAGAAAAACAGCUUCUUCACAAUCAGCUCCGUGAUCUUGAGUGGCGCUUGGAUCAGGAAUCAAAGGCUUACCACAAGGCAAAUGAUGAGCGCAAACAGUAUGUGUUAGAGAUCAAUGCUGCCAAGGGAAGUAUCAGUGAAAUGAAAACCAGGCAAAGACAGGCCUUGAUGGCACCAGGUCAGCCAGAAACUGGCUCCUCCCCACGCACAUACAGGGAUAAUGCAGGAAAUAUACCUGAUGACCAAAGAAUUAUUGAUCCCAGGCGAGGUCCCAUCAAGAGAACAGCUGGUGUGAAAAGCCUGCCAAGUUUAGAAGCACUUUGAAAAGAACAGAUAUUCACAUUUACUUCAUUCACACUGCCCUGCAGAAAAUGAUAUGAAUUUAUUUUGGACAAUUAUAUUAUAGGAAAGACAACACUUACAAAUAUUUGAUGCAUCAAUUUUUGUGAUAUUUCAUAUAGAACAAGUAUUCUUUGCUGCUGAUAAUGUGAAUAAGCAUCCCUUUUUAAGAGAGGAAACUUUCUUCUGCCUCCCACUCAUUUUCAUUUGACCUGCAUGGAGCUUCUGCUUAAUGGCUGUCUGGUUUGCAGUUAAACAGUUUUUAGCCAAUGCUGACCCUAUAGAUCUUACAGCUUUUCCUGGAGCUCUUCUUUAGUGCUGAUGGUGAAGAUUUUCAUGGAUUCAACAAACAUCAUUAAGUUUUCAAGUAACAUUUUACUGUUUGAAAGUUCAUACAUCUGAAUGUCAUUUACACACAAUUUGAAUAACCUGCAGAAAACCAUGGCUACAUGUAGACAGUCAAGUUAGAUAAGUAUCUAUAAAUCAAGUGCGAGCUUUUCCAUAUUUCUUGACUAUGCUGUAAGGAAUUAAUAUUUUAAAAUGCUGCCUUCAAAAAACACUUCAUCAUAUGCAGUUUUCACACCUACUUCUCCUGCCAAAGCUAUUGUUGUGCUGAAAUAACUGAUGUUAAAUACUUUUUAAAAGUAUAUACAUUCUUAUAUAAUUUAUCCUAUAUUCUAUAGCUGAGAACAAUUUGCAUAAUGCAUUUUUUUAGUCAUAUCCUUGCAUAUUGCAAAAAAGUAUUUAUUAAAUUAUUAUGAUUUAUA